AAAAUGAUGCAUUUACUUUGAAAUCAGACAUGAGGUUUUGACUGAGGAAGAUGGAGGAAGAUGGAGGAAGCAGAGAGAGACUAUCAGAUCAUCAGCAGGUGGAGUGGUAGAACACUGGAGCUAAAUGUUUGAGUUUUACAGAAAUAUUUCUAAAAAAAAGCAGAGAGAGGAGCAGAGGAGAGGAAGAUGAAGGCGUACAAGCAGAGACAGACUCUCAGAUCAUCAGCAGGUGCAGUUCCACAUAUUUAUGACAUGAAGAUUGUGCUGCUGGGAGGCAGACUAAGCGGGAAGAGUUCAUCAGGAAACAGCAUCCUGGGCAGAGAGGAGUUUAGCACCUCAGGAAGAACAGCUGAGUGUGUGAAGAGAGAAGGAGUAACAGCAGGGAGACGCAUCACUGUAGUGGAGGCACCAGGAUGGUGGAACAACUUCACUGUAGAGCAAACUCUUGAACGUGAUAAACAAGAAAUUGUCCUCAGUGUGUCUCUGUGUCCUCCAGGACCCCAUGCUCUACUCCUGAUCAUUAGAGUGAGUGAGUCAUUCACAGAGACAUUUAGGAGAGCAGUGCAGGAACACAUGGAGCUGCUGGGAGAGAGAGUCUGGAGUCACACUAUAGUGCUGUUCACAUGUGGGGACUGGCUGGGAGACACGACCAUUGAACAGCACAUUGAGAGUGGAGGAGAGGCUCUGCAGUGGGUUGUAGAGAAAUGUGGGAACAGGUAUCAUGUUGUAGACAAUAUGAUGAGGGAUGGUGGCCAGGUGACAGACCUGCUGGAGAAGAUAGAGGAGAUGGUGGCGGGAAACAGGGGCUAUCUGUUUGACUUUGACAGAAAUAUCUCUAGAAAACUACAAGAGAAGAAGAAGGAAGCAGAGAGAAGAGCAGAGGAGAGGAAGAUGAAGGUGCACAAGCAGAGACAGACUCUCAGAUCAUCAGCAGAUGGAGUUCCACAUAUUUCUGACAUGAAGAUUGUGCUGCUGGGAGGCAGACAGGAGGGGAAGAGUGUAUCAGGAAACACCAUCCUGGGCAGAGAGGAGUUUGGCACCUCAGGAAGAACAGCUGAGUGUGUGAAGAGAGAAGGAGAAACAGCAGGGAGACACAUCACUGUAGUGGAGGCACCAGGAUGGUGGAGGAACUUCACUGUAGAGCAAACUCCUGAACGUGAUAAACAAGAGAUUGUCCUCAGUGUGUCUCUGUGUCCUCCAGGACCCCAUGCUCUACUCCUGCUCAUUGACGUGAGUCUGUCAUUCACAGAGACACACAGAAGAGCAGUGCAGGAACACAUGGAGCUGCUGGGUGAGAGAGUCUGGAGUCACACUAUAGUGCUGUUCACAUGUGGGGACUGGCUGGGAGACACGACCAUUGAGCAGCACAUUGAGAGUGGAGGAGAGGCUCUGCAGUGGGUUGUAGAGAAAUGUGGGAACAGGUAUCAUGUUGUAGACAAUGAGAAGAGGGAUGGUGGCCAGGUGACAGAGCUGCUGGAGAAGAUAGACAAGAUGGUGGCAGGAAACAGGGGCUAUCUGGUUUACUUUGACAGAAAUAUUUCUAAAAAAUUACAAGAAAAGAAGAAGGAAGUAGAGAGAAGAGCAGAGGAGAGGAAGAUGAAGGUGCACAAGCAGAGACAGACUCUCAGAUCAUCAGCAGGUGAGAGACAUUUUCAGAUCUCAAGCCUACACGAGACAUUUCAAUAUACUGUACAUCAUAUCACAAGUGAUGUGUACUUCAUUCAGUAUUUACUGUAUCUGUCCUAUACCCUCGGUCGUCUUCUUUAGCACAUUUUUUUAGCAUAUACUACACACACACACA